AUGAGCGACGCACUUACGUGACGUGUCCGGAAGUGCUGUGGAGCUACUUGUUUUCUUUCUACUUUCCGCUCUUCGUCGCUUAUUAUCGUCAAAUCAGACUUUUAUAUAAAAACAUUUAUCGUUUUACGCUCGUGUGAAUUUGACGUUCUCCCAGCGGACGUGACGUGGUGAGAAACUCUGGAUUAAAAGCCACACUAGCUUCCCAGAGGGGUUAGCUAGCAGGCUAACCGGCUAGCCGCUGCUGUCUGUGUGUUUACACGUCGUUUAAACAGACUCGGUUCGAACAGGAGGAUGCGUGAGAGCCUGGAGGAGCUCGGGUCUGUUCUCCGGCUGUAACCGGGUUGUCUUCAGCUUCCAGGCCGCGGACAUGAUCAGCUAACAGAGACAGAAACUACAGGUCGAGGCUGGAGGCUCGAACAUGGAGGAUAAAUACAGCAGCAACGUGCUCUCAGGAGGGAAGCUGGGGGUGGUCGAGGUGCCCAACUCCAGGUUAACCAGGUACAUUGUUCUACUGGUCGUCUCCAAGGUCCUCAAAGCUCUUGGGAUCUUUGAGUCGUACGAUAUCCUUAAAGUUGUUCAUAUCGUCCAGUUCAUCUUCAUUCUGAAACUAGGGAGCGCUGUUAUUCUGCUUUUCUUUCAAAAGCCUUUCUCCUCUGGUAAAGUCAUCUCCAAAAGACAGUGGAUAAAGUUACUGAAACAUGCUGUUUUCAGCUGUGUCGUGUCUCUCCUGGGAUUCUUCGGUCUGACUCUCUGUGGACCUCUCAGGACGCUGCUGCUUUUUGAGCAUAGUGACGUGGUGGUCAUCGCCCUUCUGGGCGUCCUGUUCACCAGCUCUGGGGGGGGACCCUCUAAGACCAGAGGUGCUGCCCUCUUCAUCAUCGCAGUCAUCUGCCUCUUCCUCUUUGACAACGAUGAUCUCAUGGCAAAGAUGGCCGAGCACCCUGAGGGACAUCACGACAGCGCUCUCACUCAUUUCCUCUACACCGCCAUCGCGUUUUUAGGGGUUGCAGAUCACAAAGGUGGAGUUGUGCUGCUGGUGGCCUCCCUGUGUCUGAAAGUUGGAUUUCACACAUUCUCCAGGAAGUUAUCAGUGGAAUUAGGUGGAGCAAAACGCCUCUACGCCCUCGACAACCUGGUUUCUGCCGUGGUUCUGCUGCCCUGGGUCAUCGUGCUCUCAGUGACCACAGACAGUAAAGUAGACUCCUGGUCGUCCCUCAUCCUUCCUUUCGGGAUGAUCAUCUUCUCUGUGAUGACCCUGGAGUUCUACGUCGAGGCCGUCUGCAGCGCCAAGAUGGAGACGCCCAGAUGUGCUCGCUACGGCACCAUCGCCCUCUUCCUCAGCGCCCUGCUGCUCGCCAACUUCUGGACCCACCCACUGACGGACCAGCUGCGCUCCAUGAGCAAACCGCCGCAGCAGGUCAGCACGGAGCACGUGCUCUCCGGGGGAGUGUUGGUCAGCGCCGUCUUCUUCAUCAUGGCGACCAGCAUCCUCUCGUCUCCUUCAAAGAAAGGUCAGAAGGGCACCCUGGUGGGCUACUCGCCUGAGGGGACCCCCCUGUACAGCUUCAUGGGCGACGCCCUGCAGCACACGUCCCAGUCCCUCCCGCGGUUCAUCAAGGACUCGCUGAAACAGAUCCUGGAGGAAUACGACUCCAGACAAAUCUUCUACUUCCUCUGUCUCAACCUGGCCUUCACCUUUGUGGAGCUGUUUUACGGGGUUUGGACCAACAGUCUGGGGCUGAUCUCUGACGGCUUCCACAUGCUGUUCGACUGCUCCGCUCUGGUCCUGGGUCUGUUUGCUGCCCUCAUGACUCGCUGGAAAGCCACCAGGAUUUUCUCUUACGGGUAUGGUCGUGUUGAAAUACUUUCUGGAUUCAUCAACGGCCUGUUCCUGAUGGUCAUCGCUUUCUUUGUGUUCAUGGAGUCAGUCAGUCGCUUGUUGGAUCCUCCCAAUAUCAACACAGACAUGCUGACGCCGGUGUCAGUCGGGGGGCUGCUGGUCAACCUGGUGGGGAUCUGCGCGUUCAGCCACGCCCACAGCCACGGCGGCAAAAGCUGCUCAUCGAAUGAACACAGCAACUCGCACCAUGGCCACUCCCACAGCGAGCAUGGCCACUCCCACGGAGGUCACGGCCACGCCCACGGAAAUCACGGCCACUCCCACGGAGGGCACAGUGGACACGGCAGCCACGGGCACUCCCAUGGCUCGGGAGGUGGAGGUGGAGGUGGCGGUGGAGGCAUGAACGCCAACAUGAGAGGUGUUUACCUUCACGUCCUCGCCGACACUCUGGGCAGCGUUGGUGUGAUCAUCUCCACCAUCCUCAUCCGCCAGUUCGGCUGGUUGAUCGCCGACCCCAUCUGCUCGCUCUUCAUCGCCACGCUCAUCUUCCUCAGCGUCAUCCCUCUGAUCAAGGACGCCUGCGAGGUUCUUCUUCUACGAUCCCCCCCGGAGAACGAGAAGGAGCUGAACAUUGCUCUGGAGAAGCUUGAGAAGAUCGAAGGAGUUCUGUCGUACAGAGACGCUCAUUUCUGGAGACACUCGGCCAGCGUGGUCGCAGGAACCAUCCACCUCCAGAUCAUGGCCGAUGUGGUGGAGCAGAGAAUCGUGCAGCAGGUGACGGCCAUUUUGAAAGACGCCGGAGUGAAUAACCUGUCGGUGCAGGUGGAGAAGGAGGCCUACUUUCAGCACAUGUCCGGACUCAGCACCGGAUUUCACGAGGUUCUGGCCAUGACGCAGCAGAUGGAGUCCGUGAAACACCUGCAAGACGGGACGUGCAUCAUGUGACGUGCGUCCGUGGGACCAAAUGAAACUUUAGUGAUUCCUUUCCUAUGAAAUGUACAGUGUAAGUAUGAGUGGUUUGAAUAAAUCUGAAUAUAUUGGUUUUA